AUGUGCGACCACCUAGUCACCAAGAUUGACCACCCCAACCAUCUCCUCCUUGACCAGCCGCUCGUGCGUCUCCCCUAUGAGCUCCUCCACACCAACUUCCGAGCAGCCCGCUUCACUGUCGAGAAGGAAGGCUCCUCGAUCAAGAAGACCCUCAAGGACUCGGCCAACACCGCUCUGAAGGGUGGCACAACUCCUGGCGAUGUCCUCAAGAAUCUCGACACCAUGAUCGCACGCAUGCGUGGCAUCAAGCGUAAGCUAUCGGCGUGUGCCGACGAGGAGGCUCGCCUGUAUCGGCAGGUGGACGCCAGGGCGAAGCACCUGAGCGAGCUGCACGACAUUCGCGUCUUCGAGGAUGUCAAGUACGAGCAGUGGAGCCGCGUCAGGCUCGAUAGGCUGCUGGUGGACUACCUGAUGAGGCAGGGUUACGAGGAGAGUGCCAAGGCGCUGGCCGAGAAGAAGGGGGUUGGUGACCUAGUGGACAUUCAGACGUUCCAGCAGGUGAACCGCAUACGCCAGAGCCUGCUAGACCACAGCGUGAAGGAGGCACUGGAUUGGUGCACUGAGAACAAGAAGGAGCUGAGGAAAAUGGAUAGCAACCUCGAGUUCCAACUGCGCUUCCAACAGUACAUUGAGUUAGUCCGCACUCAGAACGAGGAGAAGCUCCUCGAAGCCAUCGCCUUCGCUCGCAAGUAUCUGUUCCCCUUCGAGAAGACGUUCCCGGACGAGUACGCCCAAGCAGGAGUCCUGCUCGCCUGCCCACCGGAUGCCAUCGACAUCGAGCACAAGUCGAUGUACUCCCAUGCCCGGUGGGAUCAGCUCGCCGAGAUCUUUGUCAACACGCACAACACCCUCCUGGGCCUGCCCUCGUUUCCUGUGCUGCACAUUGCCCUGCAGUCGGGCCUGUCCGCGCUCAAGACACCCGCCUGCCACAGCCCCAACACCACCAACGGCAUGCCCGCCGCCCGCUCGACGGGCCUGACAAGCUCUGUGUGUCCCAUCUGCUCCAGAGAGCUGAACGAGCUGGCGCGCAGCGUGCCGUACGCGCACCACAGCCAGAGCCAUGUCGAACAUGACCUGCUCAUGCUCCCCAGCGGCAGGGUCUAUGCUCGAGCGCGGCUGGAAGAGUAUGCACGCAAGGCAGGAGUGCCGGAGGGGAAGGUCAAGGAUCUGUGGACUGGGGACGUUGUUGCUGAGGAUGAUCUGAAGAAGAUUUAUAUCACUUAAAGGGUGGUGGUGAUGGUCACCAGUUGUUUUGCUCUGCCGUGCAUUGACACGUCAGUCUGUGGACAUGGAUGCUGGCUGGGGCUUUGGGGUGUUUUUCUGUCGCCCAUAGCAAUGCUUUAUAUGGUAGCGCUGUUGAUGAUUAUCUGUACUUUUUUUUUUCAAAAAAAAAAGCAUAGCGGGGCAUGGAUAUGGAUGGUAAAGAACCUGGCGUUUUGGAACACGUCAUGACCAUUGGCGUCUGCUCUUAUUAUUAUCAAGAGAAGGCACAUCGCCAUAGUGCUCCUCUCAGCAAUAUCACUUUCUAUG